AUGGCUAUGAAUGCCUCAUCAAAGACUCAAAUCAUUUUCAUCACCCUCAUUUCCUACCUUAUUUUUGCUCAAAAUGUAAACUCAGCUUCAUUCACAAUCUCUGAUUUUGAUUCAUACCAAAACAUCCUUCAACUCGAAGGCAAUGCCUUCAUUUCAAGCGGCUCUGUCCACCUCACAGGUCUCGCCCCAAACAGCACUGGUAAAGCCUCUUACACUGGACCAGUGCGUCUCUGGAACGCAGAUAAUGGCAACCUUGCAUCCUUCACUUCAGUCUUUUCUUUCGUUGUUGCACCAAACGGUCCCGGACUCUUUGGAGACGGGAUCGCGUUCUUCAUCGCACCGUUCAAUUCCCACAUUCCAAAUAAUUCAAGUGGUGGAUUCCUUGGACUAUUCGACUCCGAAACCGCUUUGAAUUCCUACCAAAAUCAAAUUGUGGCUGUUGAAUUUGAUUCCUUUGGUGAGAAUCCUUGGGAUCCAGAUUAUUCUCAUGUUGGCAUCGAUGUGAAUUCUAUUGCUUCCGUAACAACAGCACCGUGGAAUAUUAGAAGUGUUCCCAAUGGUUAUACUGGAUUUGCUGUUGUGAAGUAUGAACCUGUGACGAAAAAUUUAAGUGUUAUUGUAACAUACCCCGGAAGCUAUGGUGUGAGUGGAAGUUCAAGUAGUGUGUCUUUUUUGAUUGAUUUGAGGACUGUGUUGCCUGAAUGGGUUAGAAUUGGAUUCUCUGGUGCCACUGGACAGUUAGUUGAAUUGCACAAGAUUCUUUCUUGGAGUUUUAUGUCAAGCUUCUACUAA